AUGGUUCAGGCGAAAUUAUGUGCAUGCAUUGCUUAUUGCAUCCGGUUGGCUAAUCGAAGUGGGAACGACUCGGCGGCACAAUGCCUUUGGAAAGUGUUACAUGAUUUGCGGCCCGCAAAUGAAUGCAGACCUCAUGCUGUGAAGAUCAGUUUGUUCGAUGCGCUCAGCUUUGGGAGAACUGUGGAUGCAGAAAAUCAGGCCGUGGAUGUUGCAACGCAAACAUUGGACAGGACCUACUCCGAGGCGGAAUGUAAGCAUUGGGCGGAGACGCUGGUCGCGCAUGCUAUGACAGAGUUCAAGGCUGCUACCGGAGAUUUAGUGAAGCGUAUUCAGGCCCUCCAGGACGAGAAUUUGAAGAUGCUAAACUUGAACGGUCGGGUUGACAUGCUGGACGAGGCACUUAGUGUGACAUGCCGGAAGCAGGUCCCGUGGACACGCUUGCAACAUCCAAUGGAGGUCUCUCGAUCCUCACAUCAUCCAUCUUCUUGCGAGCCUCCUUGGCCGGCUGCAUCGGACAGGUCUACUGAAGCUGCCCGCGCUCCCGCUGUGGUUCCUGAAAAAACCCUGCAAGAAAUGAAGGACGCAGAACACUGCAGGAAGAGAGCUCUGAAGGCAGAACGACGACGGCAGCGACAAGCUACUGAGGUGCAGAUGGACUCUUCGAUUUAG